AUGUUGGGUUUUUUACAGUAUCGAAUAUUAUUUCUUUUUAUCGAUAUUCUAUCAUUCAGCAAUUAUCAUACCAACGGAUUCAUAUUAAAUUUACCAUUGAACAUUUCGGAUUCAUCAACGUUACAAUUAAGCGACCAUUCAUUGCAUACGGAAAAUCUUACAGUCAAUAAUACUAAUUCUUUCAAUGAAAGCAUCCUUGAUCAUAAUCAAACAGAAGAAAUAGAUGAGGAGUUAUUUGUCAAGAGUAGUGCUGGUGUCUGGGUGAUUAGUGUAAUGAGUGGGACAUGUAUAUUAACCAUCGCAUUUAUUGUUAGAGGUCUAUUCUCACGAGCUGAAGCAUUCCAUGAUGGUACAGAAAAUCACCAUGGUACAGAUAUUAACGGUGGAUUAAUUGGCGGUAAUGGAUUUCCUGGUGGUGGAGCUGAUAUGGGGUUCUUAACAACAAAUAUGACAUGAAUUGUGUUCUAAAUAACACAACUUAUUUUAUACGUCUUGUGAAGAAUUACUGUGAAUUAGAAAUUUGAACGGGUUUAUUUAUAUGCGUCAAGUGUAUCACAUUAUUGUGAAACACAUGGGAAAAUUCAAGUAUAUGUUUCGAUAUGUUAAAAAUGAAUGAUAUUUAAGAGGUUGUGAACCAUUUCUAAGUUCAUUGUUUCAGUUUUUAUCAAGAUACAAACGAUAAAACAUUUUGUAGUGUCUACAAAGAGCACAGAAUUCAAAGGCUAAACAAAUUCACAGGAACUAUGUCCGUGAAAUUUUAGGCCAUUGUACAUAUAUUUUAAAGACAGAAAUGAUAAUUAUUGUUUGCAGCUGUAACUACUUAUUUGCUCUACCUUCUCAAAAUAAUCUC